AAUAAUUUGUAAAUAAUGGUUUCCUAUUUCGUACCUCGUGGCCGCUUCCUGCUGAAGGCCGGCAAUCUCAGACAGGUGGUGCAGCAACAGCACCAGCCGGCCCAGUUACAGUUACAGCCGAUCAAAGGACCCCAGCCGCAGCCUCAGAACGGCAGCCUCCCGGUGGUGCGUCACUUUCGGCAAUUCUCCUCGAAUCCCGCCUCCAAGGAGGCACCACUCCACCACCGGCGUCCGCACCAAAAACAGCAGUCCAAUCCCAGCCAGGAGUUGGCCCAGGUCCGGCGCAAUAUCCUAUCACGCUGGACGGGCUUCCUGCUGCGCUGGGCGCCCAUGGGCAUAUGCGUCUUUGGCGCCAUCGAAUGGCAGCUGCAGAAGCAGCGCUGCGAGCGGGAUGGUCAGCCCAGGACAGCUUCUGAGUUGCAGUCGCGCAUUUACUGCUCUUUGCCGCUGCGCAUCCUCAGCCGCUGCUGGGGCUGGCUGGCCGCUUGCUACUUACCACCCAGUCUGCGACCCUAUGUCUACGGCUGGUAUUCCAAUACGUUCAACGUCAAUCUGAGCGAGGCCCAGUAUCCGGAGUACGAGCACUACAACAGCCUGGCCGAGUUCUUCACCAGGCCACUGAGAGAAGGUGUGCGCACCAUCAAUCAGGAAGCUCCACUGGUCUCCCCCGCCGACGGCAAAGUUCUGCACUUUGGCAGCGCCUCGGACUCGCUGAUCGAGCAGGUCAAGGGAGUAAACUACAGCAUCGAAGACUUCCUUGGCCCGCUGCAGACUUUGGAGCAGGCCAAUUCCGGCGCCUCCUACGCGCAGGCACUAAAGAAGCAAAACGAUGGCUCCACGGAGCUGUACCAGUGCGUGAUAUACCUUGCCCCCGGAGAUUACCACAGAUUCCACUCACCCGCCGCCUGGACGCCCACUAUCCGUCGUCAUUUCUCCGGCGAACUGCUGUCUGUAAGCCCAAAAGUAGCUGGCUGGCUGCCUGGUCUAUUCUGCCUUAACGAACGUGUCCUGUACAUGGGCCAGUGGAAGCAUGGUUUCUUCUCCUACACCGCCGUAGGUGCCACGAACGUGGGAUCCGUCGAAAUCUACAUGGAUGCCGAGCUGAAGACGAACCGUUGGACUGGCUUCAAUGUCGGCAAGCAUCCGCCCAGCACCUACGAGUAUGAUGAACUGGCCCUGGACAAAGAACCCACUGGACCGCCCAAAGAGUUUGGUAAGGGUGACCUGGUGGGUCAGUUCAACAUGGGCAGCACCAUUGUCCUGCUCUUCGAGGCGCCCAAAAACUUCAAGUUCGACAUUGUCGCCGGCCAGAAGAUCCGAGUGGGCGAGUCGCUUGGCCACAUUGCGGGCACCAAAUGAAAGGAAUAUCCCGAAUCCUGUACCGAAUCAGUGCAAAGUCCUGUCACCCGUCUGUUCACAUCACUCGUUGUAUUAGCAUUAGACGCUCGUGUCCUAGGCAAAUGUAUUUUGUGAACAUCCUGCGAAGCUAACACUGUGUAUUGUUGCCAUUUCUGUAGUCUUAAGCUAUAUUUUAUACAAUAAAACGUCGAAAUAUCUUUGAGAACAACAAAAAAAAAAAAAAAA